AUGGCCACCGUCGGUAACAGCUUGUUCGCCGUCACGUUCGGGCUCCUGCGGCAGCACAUGAGGGAGCAGCAGCAGAUGUGGGACAUCGCCGCCGCGUUUGAGGUGCCACCACCACCGGCGAUGGAGGAGGCUGAGGAGACGGACACCAGGACCAUGCAGCUCUUCCCCAUGUGCCCCGGCAUGACGCGGUCAUCCCAAGAGCGGCCGGACGCGCAAGUAACGGCGCCGCUGACCAUCUCCUACAAGGGGCAGGUGCUCAUGUCCAGGAACUUCUCAGCCGACAAGGCCAAGGAGCUGAUGCAACUGGUCGGAUCUUUGUCAACCUCGCAGACAUCAGAGAAGGGAACGUCGGCCAUGCCAGAGAAGCUGGUGGCCAUCGAGGCAUCAACGGAGAUCGACUUGCCCUUCGCGAGGAAGGUAUCGCUGCGGAGGUUCCUCCAUAAGAGGAAGCACAGGGGCAACACCACCGACCCUUACUAUGCACUGGAGGAAGACAUGGCCACCGGCAAGGCUAUGAAUGAUGAGCCUUCUGCCUCAUGGCUUAGGCUCUGA